AUGCCGAACAAGCGGCAGCGGCCGCAAGACGACCUCUAUGAUGCCUCCUCCCAUCCCAAGCGCCAACGUGUAGCAAGCUCACCCACCUCCCGCCGCUCUGCUCCUGAUCUCCUCUCCGCCCUCUCCGACGAGGUAGCCAUCCGAAUUCUCUCAUUUCUCCCCAUAGCGACCCUCGUCGACGUCGCCCUCGUCUCGCGCCACCUCUCCCGGCUUGCGUCAGACUCCCAGCUGUGGCGUGCCCUAUACUACUCGCGUUUCGUCCUCCCACGCGCCCUGCGAAUACCCGGCUUCCGCGAUGGACCCAGGAAGAGCGCCAGCAGGCUGCACUAUUCUGCACGCCGCGCCGUCUGGGCCGACGGCGGCAUCGGCAAACGAGGCGGUCUCGUGGACGUGCGAAGUACCGGCGGUUCCGGCCCAGACGUCCACGCCGACUGGAAGCGGCAGUACAAGCUGAGGCACAAUUGGGCGCGCGGCAAGGCCACCGUGGAAGAGCUGGACGUGGGAGACACGAGCAUGUCGAAGAAGACCCUGGCCAAGGUCGUGGAAGGAGUUGCCAUGACAGCAGAUGCCGCUGCUGGGCUGCGGGCUUGGGAUCUCAAGACGAAGGGCCUGAUUGCGCACGUGGGUCUGCUCGACGACGACGGAGGGCGUUCUGAGCCGACUUGCAUGGCGAUUGACGACCAGUCUCUGGAUAAGCAAAAGCUGGACAUUUGUCUUGGGUUCGGCGAUGGUAGCUUUGGCGUCUGGAGACUGGACCUUGCCGACAACAAGCUCGAGCGCCGACAUAGGCAUGCCAAAUCCAGCAACGGCGCUUUGGUCGGAUUGGCGUACCGAUAUCCCUUCCUGCUUACCGCCACAGACUCUGUCCUCAUAUCUCUCUACGACUACGAGCGGCGGCCAGCUACCAAGUCCGAUGACCCGAGGCAUCGCCGUGUGCGCAAGCUCGACGUCCAAUACGACUCAGAUGAAGAGGACGAGGAGAAGCCAAAAGAUGCAACCCUUGAAGACCGAACAUCACUGCCGGCCCCGAUCCUCAUGACAUCGCUCAAGUCACAUACCUCGAGGGCACCACUCGCACUCUCCAUACGCACCAUGGCGGGGUCAGUGGUAGCCUCGAUCGCAUACACCUUUGCGACGCUGUCUGGGUGGUCUAUCGGCGUCCAAGACCUUCACGUUCGUCACAGCCGCACAGGCGAAUCCGAGGUCACAUCGACGCGCCUGGCCUACACCACCCCCGUCACAACGGCAUCAGGUUAUGCGACGCCUCCUGUAACACCAUCUCGGACUUCGGAGAGCGCGAGGUCUUCUGGAAACCGCUUUUUGUCUCCAGACAUACCUGUGUUUGCCUCGCCAGGAGAUGGGCCGACGUCUCUUCGCUACACACACCCCUACCUCUUGGCUACCCUGCCCGACAACACCCUGAUACUCCACGUCUGCACCUCAACGGCCACAGCCCUCUCUGUGUCCCCAGGCCUCCGCUUGUGGGGCCACACCUCCGGCAUCAGUGACGUCGAGAUCACGGCGCGCGGCAAGGCUGUCAGUGUCAGCUCCCGGGGCGAAGAGAUCCGCGUCUGGGAGCUCGAGGGCCGGGCAAACGCGAAGAGUAUCGAAGUCCGUUCGCAGCUGCAACAAGCAGAAGACAGCAACACGGGCGAUGCUUCACGAGAUGAGUGGGAUGACCGACGCAACUGGGUUGGAUUUGACGACGAGAUGGUCAUUGUGCUGAAAGAAUCCCGUGACGGGCGGGAAAGUCUCAUGGUGUACGACUUUACUUGA